UGCAGCAGCCACUGCCCUGCCAAAUCCCUCCCACACCCCACCAUGUUGUUUGGUACCCCCCACCUGCUGACACUGGAUGAAGCUGAUGCCACUUGGACCCUCAUCAAGGAUAAGGUCAUCGAGGAGCGCUUUGGGUCCAAUGUAGUGGCAGUACCUUUCCUGUCGGAUGCAGCCUGCUAUGAUCUACUGGGCGUGCUAGUCAAACAGUCCCGCCCUGCCCACACCCGCUUGGCUUUACCAGGUCGGCAGGGCCGGAGGGCGCUGAAACCAGUAGGGCCGCUACCAAACCUCCUGGAGCAGACAAGGUCUGAGGGUACCUUUGCCCACUGCACUCGGGAAUACUCACCAAAUGGCCGAGCAGAGACAAUCUAUGAAGAGAUGCGACUGUUGGAUGGGCAGCCCUGCCGGAUCCACCUACAUAUGGGUGGCCUGCGCAAGAAGGUAGCCUUCCUAUUACUGCCACCAGGGCAGGUGAGCCUACAGCAGACUCUUCCCUGGCUCCGAAGCACCCACAGCAUCUAUGUCAUCUACCAGGUCUUCUCCUGCUCUUGGCUGCAGCUGGGGCUACUGCCUGCAGCUCGUGAGCCCCAGCUGCUUCGGUUACAACAGUCACUGCCUAUUGCCUUCUCCUGCCUCAAGUUUUCACUGCAGCCCAAGGGUGUGCUGGGACCACAGAAGCCUCUGACCAAAGACCCAUUGCCCCAUGGGGCCAACUGGGUCAGACCCAACCUCAGCAUCAUGCCACCUCUGGCCCCUACAUCAGCACCUGCCAAUACCUCUGAAGCUGCUGAUAUGCCCCCACCUGUCCCAGCCCCACCUACGCAACCUCCCCAGGAAGGGCCAGAGGGCAGACCCACCAGAUUCUCCUACAAGGGCCGAAACCCCUUCCGGAGGGGGCCCCAGAUGCUGUCAGAGAACUGGCUCUUCAGCCCCCGCAGCCCCCCACCAGGAGCCCAGGGCGGGGACCCCGGGGACCCCGAUCGGCACUCCAUGUCCCUGCCCCUGCUGCAGGGUCUGUCCUCCGAGUUCGACAGCGACGAGUGAAGCUGAAGCAAGAGAUGCAGGGGGCAAGGCCCCCAAGAUCUGGCAUAGGGAUAUUGGUCCCCAAUAAACAUCAGCUGCUGCUUCCC